AUGAAACAAACGUUCAGAAACGCGUUUCGAGCCGCUGGCGCCGCUCUUGAUCCAUCUUACCCUUCCUUCCCCCCUUGCGUGCGCAAAGCGGGUUUCCGCCAGCGUUUUGCGCUUGUCCUCCUGGCUGCUGCCCUCUGCCCCAACCCCAAUAGCUUCCCGCCAUUUUCGUCCCCCAGCUUCGCUGCUCUUCAGAUUUCCUCCAGCGGACGGCAUUUCCCGCCCGACCCGACCAUUCCUCUGCUCAAGUCAGUCCCCCGAGUCCCGCCCGACCCGACCAUUCCUCUGCUCAAGUCAGUGGGCUUGCACCCUCAGAUGCACAACCUGUUCGUCUGCAUCUGCUCCCUCACAUCAAUCCCUGACUUCCUAUACACACCGUUUCUUUUUUCAGGUAACCCAUCACAACACACCGACCCGUUGCAGCCGCACCGCACGCUCUUCCGUCUUUACCGCCCGUCCAUUGUGCUACCUACUGCGAUAAUGACGCUGCAUCGUCGAAAGCGUAGACCAGACGGGCAUUCUCGACUCACUCGUUCUUUCCUCCGGCAACCGGCGCUGAUGGUCCUUUGCUUAGCAGCCGCCGCAGCCGCUGCAGCAGCCCUCGGUGACGGCGGCGGCGGCAGUGGCUUCGGCGGGGUUAGCGGCGUUAACGGCGUACGCAGGAGAGCGCUGUCCGCUGAGGAGGAAGCGCGGUUGGCGCAUGCGCGGGUCCGCGUGCAAGAGCUUGUGCGGCUGGGGAUCGUCGGUGCGCGCGGAAGAGACGCGCAAGCGGAAGCGGCGCAGCGCGGAGCAACGGGUCGCACAGAAUACAACCGCCUGCUGUUUCUUUCUCUCCCCCCCCCCCCUUUUUCCCCGUCCUCCCCGCCCUCCGCGCGAACGCCCGCCGGCGCUUCGUCUGGGCUCCGCGGCUUUAGCGGAAGGCACUCCGGCGAGCCAGAGCGGGGGACGACUGGUGCCGCGGACUGUCGGACGGCCUCCACGGGGAUGCGCUCACUCAUCCGCCGCACAGGUAUGCGCGCACCACCACGGGUAUGCGCGCACCACCACGGGUAUGCGCGCACCACCACGGGUAUGCGCGCAGCACCAGGGAUAUGCGCGCAGCUGACCCCAGCUGCGCCUGUCGUCGUGUGGGCGGACGAGCAGGCAGGGGCGGAGCUGAACGCGCUAUUGGCGUUUAAGGCGGCGGUCAUCGACUUUCAGAACGCGCUGCGCUCGUGGGUCGUGCCGCGCCACGCCGCCAACUCCUCUCUCUCCCCGGCCGCCUUCUUCUGCCGCUGGCGCUUCGUCUCUUGCUCCAAACCAACCGCGCCCAAAGCCGUCGCAGCGGGAGCAGCGGCGGGAGCGGCCGCUUCUCGGAGUGUGAUUGCGUUGCAGAUUCCGGAACCUGGACUGAAUACCUCUGCAGGAGGCGUUACAGAGGAUCUCGGAAUUCUUUUGUCGUCCACGCUGAAUGUCACCACCUCCAUUGCUACCAGCUUGGCGAACAGCACGAGUGACGGUGGCAGCAGCAGCAGCAGUGCGGCCAUCCCUCCUCUUCUACCGCAGGAAUUCUCCUCCCUCACCGCUCUAGAGACGCUCACCAUCCGGAACAGCGCAGACUUCCCCGUAAUUGCCGGACUGUCUGGGGCCUUCCCAACCCAACUCUCCGCCUGCUACUCGUUGAGCAAGCUGGAACUUACUUUUACGGGCAGCCUGUCUCCCGCUUUUGCGGUUGCAACGCUCGGGCAGUUUGAUGCCAGCAACAACAAACUUUCCGGUCCGCUGCCUGAUCUGAAAGCUUGUGCGGUUGCCACAGUGCUGCAGGGAGUAUUUCUGGCGAAUAAUUCCUUCACGGGCAGCAUACCCCGGGGUUUCAUCUGCAAGCAGAUGCUGUCAUUGGACCUGAGGAACAAUUCUCUUUCGGGCGACCUGCCCGAUGUUCUGGUGGGGUUAAACAGCAAGCAGAUUCCAUCAGCAGCAGUUCUCAAGGCAUCUCCACAUUUUGCUCAGUUAAACCUGAGCCACAACAGUUUCACGGGACCCAUCCCCCUGGGCGGCAACUGCAAGGAUCUAACCCAGCUUUUCUUAGACCACAACAAUUUCUCCGGCCCCGCUGCUCCCGAAGCCCUAGCCACGUGCCGCAACAUCAUUUACUACGAUGCUUCCAACAACCAGCUCUCAGGAACAGCAGCUGACGUGGUUGACAAGCUCUCAAAGUCACUUGCUGUGGUGGGAGUUCGGCUCGGUGGUAACCGCAUCGAGGGAGAAAUACCAGACAAUAUAUAUACUCUGAGUUCUAUCAGAGAGCUGAACCUGUCAGGCAAUGUGCUCGCAGGUUCGAUUCCCAGCACUGUCGCUUCCCUGAACCGGCUACAGGUUCUUGACGUGAGCGGCAACGGGCUGUCCUCGUCCCUCCCCUCUUCCCUCGGCACGUUGUCAUACCUCUCGCUGCUAGACGUCAGCCGCAACGGCCUCUCCGGCCCCAUCCCACCUGAGCUCGCCCCGCCCUUCCUGCCCUUCCUCACCCUUCUAAACGUCUCCCACAACGCCUUCUCGGGCGCCAUCCCCUUUGGCUUCUCCAAUACCAACACCACGGCCACGGCGCUCGACUUUUCAUACAACAACCUCUCCGGGCCGAUCUACCCGGGCAACCUCUCGCUGCUCCCCGCCUCCGCCUUUGCCGCCAACCCCGCCUUGUGCGGCGGAGCCGGCUACCCCGACUGCCCGGCGCCGCCCGGGCAGGCGCUGUCGACGGGGGCGGUGGUGGGGAUCGUGGUGGCGUGUGUGGCGGCACUGGCUUUGGCGGUGGGCGGCGUGUGGUACGCGCUGUUCUACCAGCGCAGCACGGGGCUGGAGGGUGGCACCAUGCUCGUCUUUGAGCGCCUCGACUUCAAACUCAACAUCCGCUCCAUCCUCGAUGCCACCGACACCUUCAGCAACAAAUACCUCCUCGGCCGCGGCGGCUUCGGCUCUGUCUACAAAGCAACGCUAGCGGACGGGCGGGACGUGGCGAUAAAGCGACUGGCACUGGGAUCCUCCCAGGGCCAGCGGGAGUUUGAGGCGGAAAUGCACACGCUGGGAGCAGUGCGGCACCGCAACCUGGUGGUGCUGGUGGCGGCAUACCUCUCCCGCCCGCCCUCCCAGGAGCGCCUUCUCAUCUACGACUUCCUGCCGGGCGGCUCUCUGGACCACGUGCUCGAUCGCGACAUGCCCAAGGGCUCUCCCAUGCGGCGCUGGGAGCGCGGGCGGCUUUCGUACAAGAGCGACGUGUUUGCAUUCGGGGUGCUCAUUCUGCAGGUGAUUACCGGGAAGCUUCCCACGGAUGAGGAGUUUGCGGAGAGAGGGCUGGCGAGGUGGGUGGGAGCGAACUCCAUCGCGAACAUUGUGGACCGUCGGAUCGACGAUAGGGAAGAGUAUAUGGAUGAGAUGAAGGGAGUGGUGACGCUGGGGUUGAGGUGCACGUCUAGAGUGGCGGCGGAUCGACCGUCUAUGGCUGAGGCUCUGGAGUUGCUAGAAGAGCUCAGCACGUUUGCUGAGGGUAUCAGUGGGGGGAAGGAGGAAGCAGGGGGCGGAGUAGGGAAGCAGCAGGAAUAG